GCCGCCAUGAUACAUGUUUGCGCGCCGCAACGCCGCUACGCGACGGAAGAGAAACGUCUGGAUUAAAACCGUGGCUGUUGCACGAGAAAGUCAGUAACGCGUUUCACAGGGAAUAUUCGAUUCGUACUCGUAAUUUUCGGUGAUUGGAGUAAACGAUUGUGGAAAGACUCGUCUGAACGAUAAUUUUUGGUGUAUUUGCGAAUACUCGAACAGCAGUCCGAUCCGUUCGGUUUCGGGAACACGUAACUGGUUGUUUCUUCAAAAAACAUGGCUGAAUAUCGUUUCGACGGUGUGGUGAAACUGUGUGUACAGAAUUAUUAAAACGACAUCUUACUAUUUCGAGCACGUUAAAUCGCCGGCAGAAUGACGUCGAUACAUUUCGCCGUGCACCCAUUACCUGGAACGGAUGACCAGCUGCAUGAUAGGUUAAAGGAAGUAGGAGAGAAGAUUAACAGAUAUGGAUUUGCAACAUUACCAGCAUUUAGUGGGCUAAAGAUUGCAGUAAAACAUAUUGUGGUUGGACCAACACAUAUUGCCCUUCUUACGGACGAUUACAAAGUUUGCAGAGUUGCAUUUACAGUAUUGUCGGACAGAUUGGAUUUAAGUAAAAAUGAACCAAAUAGAAAUACAAACAAAAAUCAUGUCGGAAAUUCAAAUUCUGCACCAAAUGGUGGGGGAAGUAGCGGAAGUGGAGGCAGAGGGAUGUCUAGAACGCGUGCAAGAAUUAUGCGUGGCAGUUCACGAGGCGGUAGUAGCGGAGGAGGUAGUAGCGGGGGUAGGAUAGGACCGCCAGGUGUAAUUAUGGGUGGAGGAAGCGGCAGCAGUUCACGUCCCAUUGCACCAGUACCUGCACCAUUUGUGCCAGAAGAUCUUAUAUCACAGGCUCAAGUGGUACUACAAGGAAAAAGUCGCAAUCUUAUUAUUAGAGAAUUGCAGCGUACAAAUUUAGAUGUAAACUUAGCGGUAAAUAAUUUACUAUCACGGGACGACGAAGAAGGCGAUGAUGCAGAAGAUGCAGCGGAUACCUAUGUCCCAGAGGAUCUCAUAUCUUUGUUAGAUGGUGGGUUUAGCAAUGAACAUUCUGUUAUAAUCGAUGCAGAUUCUAUGUUUUCUGAAGAUGUGUUUGGGGGAGUUCUACCAUUCGCUCAGCGCAAAAAGUUAUGGGAAAAGUACAAGGCUAAAUCGCGCAAACACAGACCAUCAACGGCAUCUUCAAACGAUAUUAGUUACGGCACACACGUUUGUAUGAAAAAUAGCCCUAUAUAUCAACCAGGAGCAAUAGGAUUUACAAUUGCUAACGGAGUCCCAAAAGUAGGACAAUUAUUAGCAGCUGCUUGGAAUUUAGAUUCGACUUGCAGAUUCAAAGUGCUACCAGCUGGAUCUCACUUGCCUAAUGCUAAUGCGGACAAACGCGAAGCAAGUGGAAACAGCGGAACGGGUACUAUUACUAAGACAAAUCAUAAAGAAACUGCAGAUCGUCUUGAUAUGCCUCCACCACCUUCACCAGCUUCGAGCACAUGUAGUGAUACUGGUAGCAUUACAACAAGUCACAAGAGGCAAAAACGAGUUGCACCUCGAAGCGACGGAGAGUCGUCGGAACGAAAAGACGAAGAAGAAUGGCAAUUGAAGGAUGUUGUUUUUGUAGAAGACGUCAAGAUUGUUCCUAUUGGCAAAGUUAUAAAAGUGGACGGUUACUAUGUUGCUGUGAAAUUCUUUUCCAAAGACUCGAAGGAUAAAGAGAAGGAAAUUAAGGAAAAGGAUUUCAGCACAUCAGAUUUUAAAGAUCUUACAGCGGAAGAAUCAAUUAAAUUAUUAGCUGAUUGUAGAUUGUUGAGAAAAGACGAGUUGCAGGUAAUUAAGUCAUCUAUGAAUCCAAGAGCUCCGGAUUGUUUCCAGCGAACUCCCAGAAGAGUAAAUAUAGUUGAAGGAUCAGUUGAUAAUAUUUUAACCAUCGCGACAGAUGGACAAGGUAUCCACGCAAUUGUGAAAAACGGAAACAAGCUGAGUUACGUGGUGUAUAAUUUGAGUACUAGAAGACAUGUACAAGAUUGCUAUAUUCCAUCGGAUGUGUCGUGCUUUUUGGGCUUACAACCUCAAAAUAUUAGUCUUACAAGUGCAGGAGAGAAUAUCGAAUGCUCUAUGAUACUUAGGGAUGGAAAUAAUACAAUUUAUCCGUUAGUGAAAGAUUGUGCUGGUGCUAUCCGUGAUCCACACUGUUUAGAUUUAGUUCCAGUAAUUUGUAUCGGCGCUUCGACCAUUCCUAUACCAAAUUGUUCGAAUUCCACCAACAUGAAAAAUCAAGUCGCUGUUGUCGCAUUAGCGUUUGAUAACCUUUUACUUAUGCCGCGUAUAUUAAGGUGUGACUACGACAGCGUGAAACAGGUGUUUUGUAAUCUGGAACAAGACCACAAAAACAAUGCUGCACAAAUUCAGGCAAUAUUAACCGAACGUUGUGAUGGCAACCGGAAUAUCUUGCAUGCCUGUAUCAGUAUGUGUUCACCAACUUCUAACAAAGAAAAUGAUCAAGGUAUCGAACGUGAAUUGGUCACGAAUACAGUUGACGGUGCGUCCGCACCAAUCGAGGAACCAAUACCAACGCUAAGUUGGCCACCGGAAGCAUUUGACAACACAUCAGGGGAAGAGGAUAGUUUACUUAGCAUUGGCGCUGCCAGUAUAUCCAUGAUGAAUAAAUCAGGUGUCGGAACUACGUCCAAUAACACUUACAUAAUAGAUUCUGUUGAAAGAAGGAACAACGCGCUGCUCAUACUAAAGUACAUGUGCGAAAGCAACGUAUUGGUUCCUCACCUGAAAGAGUUACUUAUGGCAAAGGAUGCCCAGGGCCAGACACCGCUGAUGCUCGCCGUUUCGGUUCGCGCGUAUCACGCGGCUCUUAUCUUGUUAGACACCAUUCAAAGAGUCGGCAAAGAUCAGAAGGAAUGUUUAGCCAUGAUACUACACCCAGACGCGAAUCCGGAUUUAUCACCUUUGUUCGUUACCUGCUGCAACGACACCUGCAGCUUCACUUGGACUGGAACGCAACACAUUGACCAGAACAUCUAUGAAUGUAGAACGUGUGGUUUGACUGACUCGCUAUGUUGUUGCACGGAAUGUGCUCGUGUUUGCCACCGAGGACAUGAUUGCAAAAUGAAAAUAACGUCCCCCACAGCUUAUUGUGAUUGUUGGGAGAAAUGUAAAUGCCGUGCUCUAAUCGCGGGACACCAGAGUGCUCGCUACCAGCUAUUGUGUCGCCUUGUAGUUAAUACCGAUCUCGCGACGAAACUAAACUCACGCGGAGAGAGCAUUCUGCUGUUCUUGGUUCAAACCGUCGGCAGACAGAUGAUGGAACAAAGACAGUGCCGAUCCGCGCUCAGACAGCGAUCAACAUCUGCCAGUCGUAAAGGAACCUCUUCCGACGGUGUGGACGCGGAUUCCGACAUGCCGGACCACGAUUUGGAGCCUCCACGUUUCAGUCGUAGAGCUUUAGAAAGAUUGCUCAACGACUGGCCGGCAGUGCAAUGCAUGAUCAUGUCAGGAGUCUCCACAAACGGAAACGAUCAGCUGUUCGGAGACCAGGGGCAACUGUGUCGCCAGAGCGGCACCGCGUUACUCGACAAGUUUACUCAUUCGCUUUUAGUUAAAUGCAAUGCGGAAAUGCUCGAUACUCUUCUCACGACUUUGAUCCGAGAACUGCACAACGAGGCUGUGCCGGGUCGCCAAGAAGAAGCGAACAACGUCGCACGCCGGUUCGUCCGGUCCGUGGCUCGAAUAUUUGUCAUCUUUACAAUUGAAAUGGCUCCGGCAACGAAGAGGAGAAACACGACUCAAGCGUCACAGCCGUUGAUGAAGUGUCGGAAAGUAUUCAAAGCGCUGAUCAAAUUAGCCGUCGAAGAGCUGUGCGAGACGGCCGACUCUCUGAUAGCCCCCGUGAGGUUAGGCGUAGCGCGACCAACGGCGCCGUUCACGCUGACCAAUUCGGCGAUCGAGGUGAUCAACGGCUCCGAGGAACUGUUCUCCAUAGAACCGUUGAUACCUCAAAGCGGCGUCAGCUCCCAGGCUCUGGACGCCACGUUACAGACGCAGCAGGGUAACAACAAUAUAACCAUCGCCAGAGACGUUUCCACCAUGGACGAGACCGAAGGUGGCGAUGAAGGCCCCAUGGAUGUAGACGGCGACAUAAGCGAACACGAGGAAUCCGCUGGAGUCUCCGGAACGGUCGCCGGGCAACCGUUGGGUGAAAUGGACAGCAAUACCGGCGGCGUGGGCGAGGAACAGCCAGGCGACGGCGAAUCGGACACGGAACUCGAUCUCCUAGCGGAAGCGGAGACGGAGUCGGAUUCGGACGACAAUCAUAGCAAUCAGGAUGCAGCUUCCGCUCAACGCAGCGUACAGACUGGCGCCACUGCUGGUUCCGACGGCGGAGUGGGAUCGAUUUUAUUGUUCCCCGAGGACGAGUCCGGCGAAUCCAGCCAGCAGGAGGAUGACGAAAGCGAAGCCGGGGAAACCGACGAGCAGGAUAACGAAGACUUUCAGAUCGGUGACGAACAAUUAGAGAGACGAAGUGGUUCAUCCGGCCAUUUACACCGUAAUAAUCUCGCGCCCGUCUCAAUGCAAUGGGCGAUACGCAAUCGCGAGACAAGCACUCGUGCGACAGGAUUGCGGGUGGCGGGCGGCAGUAAUCUCGUUUUCAUUGACUCCGCGUCUUUAAGACGUACGACUGCGACAUCCGCAGUCGCGGGCACGCAGGAGCCCAUUAUCAUGGGCACCACCACAAGUUGUUUGGCGCGCGCAUUUGGACUUGUUAUUCGACAAAUAGCCGACCUUUUAGUUAUGAUGCAGGAUUACAAAACAUUAGCGCCGUUUCUACCGCGGUUGAUGGAAGUUACCUACCAGGACGCAUUGAACUUACAGAUGUAUCUUGAAACGCAUUUAAAGCCAACAUGGGACUGGUUAUUAACGGUGAUGGACGCUACGGAAGCACAAUUAAGAUUCGGCGUAUCCCUGACGCGUAGCGCAGACCCAACGCACCCGGAACACCCGUUGAAUAACGCCCCGUCUCUGUCCGGAGCGAAUUUUACUGGGCUACUGAACACCGCCGCUUUGUCUUUGACUUUACAGUCUAAUGCAGGUCGGAAUCAACGCAGUGGUAUCGCUACCAGCAGCAAUAUCUCCACACCACAAGCUUCUACAAGACUCACCGUUGGUUUUGCAGGCGUUGGUGAACCUUCGAGAAGCAGUAGAGAACGCGAAGGUAGCGAAAUACAUCUGGCGCGACGUGAAUUUUUGACCUAUUGCUUGUCCUUGAUGCGUGCCCACAAUGGCGAACACAGAGACAGCUUGCCAGUGUUGGACGUUUCCUCCUUGAGACACGUAGCUUACGUGUUCGACGCGUUAGUGUAUUACAUGCGCUCGCUGUCGGAACCGAUGUCGAGCCGCGGGGAAACGCACAAGGGCUCGUCCAACUAUUCGGGUUGGAACGAUCAGGACGAGAACGACAACGACGAAGGCGAAGAGUACAAUUCUCCCGUGCCUACGGCGAUGGAAACGGAUUCCGUGGAUUAUCCGGACCUGCUUCAGGUUCCGAUUUGCGGCACGGGGAAUAACAGAGACAGCACACCGAAAGGAAGGAAACAUCCGUUCUUGCAAAGAUCGGACUCCACUUUGUGCUUGGGUUGCCCGCCCCUCGACCCGUUCGACACGGUGAUGAGCGAGGCGUUGCCGUUAGCCGAUCAGCCGCAUUUGCUGCAACCCCACUCGAGACGCGAGGAUCUGUUCGGCAUUCCGAGGCAGCCGGCGACGAGCACGAGUCCCAAUCAGUACCCCUUGGCGGGGUUGCCCACGAGGCUCGGCUUGUCCGCGCGUGGUUCCGAUAAUCAGAACACAGUUACGCCCACGCUCAGUCAGAUUAUUCAGGGCCCUGCCUCGUUCGCAUCGAUGGAUGCGAGACGUAGCUCCGUCUCCGUCGGAGACUCGUCGGCCACCGCGAAAUACACGGAGAAGGCAAAAUCGUUUAAUCACACGAACGAUAAUCAUUCGCUUGUCGCGGAACAAAUCGAUCGAGCCCCGAUUAUAGUUUCUACUAACAAUCAGACCGACGAGGCAGCAGGAAGUACCAAAAAUAAUAAGGAUCAGUGUAAAACGAAUAGAAGUGUUAUUGUUAGAGCUGGAACCGUUUCGGAACCGAACACGAGUAAACCAGGCGCGCCGGAGGUAUUGGUAGUGUCCACUGUUGAGACCCAGAAUGUGGCCGAAGACGUCGACCCGGCCGGCUCGAGCCAAGAGAUAUCGGCUCACGAAACGGUCGAGACUAGCCCGGUGGAGAACGCGAGGGCCGUCUCCUCCAUUGGCUCGAAUAUAUCUCAUAACAUUCUGUUGGGACGUUGGAGGUUGUUGCUCGAUUUGUUCGGACGCGUUUUCAUGGAGGACGUUGGAUUGGAAGUUGGCUCGGUUGUGUCCGAGCUGGGAGGUUUCCAGGUGAAAGAGGCCAAGUUUCGCAGAGACAUGGAGAAACUGCGUAACUCCCAACAAAGAGACAUCACUUUGUACAAAGUGGAACGAGAUAGAACCCAGUUACUAGUACAAACGAUGAAGGAAUUAAACACGCAAUAUAAUUUAUUUAAUAGGCGCGCCUCUAAUACGCCGCCAUUAGCAGUACACCGCGUUAAAGUGACGUUCAUGGAUGAACCUGGCGAAGGGUCUGGGGUUACGAGAGGUUUUUACACAGCGAUCGCGGAGGCGUUGCUCGCGAAUGAGAAGCUACCCAAUCUCGAAGCAGCACAAGUAGGAUCAAAGUACACGCAAUACAACGUUCUUCAGAAACUGAAAAACCGAGAUCGUGAUCGUGACUUGAGGCGACAAAAUCCUCGAUCAUCUGGAAAAAGUCGCGAUACGCGUAGAGCAUUGUCUUUCGAAGCUCGUUCUUUCCAUCCAUCCGGCUCCGUCGAGGGCAGCAGUAGCACCGGACCUGGUAGUUCGUCCUCCAAUUCCCAUCCGUUACCCGUUAGUCACCGAAUUAACGAACAUCUGACCAUGCAUCAACAAAAACUCGGAGACAGACUGUAUCCAAAAGUUUACGCGUUACGACCCGCGUUGGCUGAGAAGAUCACUGGUAUGCUCUUGGAACUAUCCCCCGCGCAAUUGUUGAUGUUGCUAGCUGCGGAGGACGCUCUGCAGCAAAAAGUCGAAGAAGCAUUCGAACUGAUCAGCCAUAGUCAGGAUUUAGCUGACGAAGCGUUGUUAGACCUGGACGUGUUCAGCCUGACGGCUCGAUGUGGCACGAAUAAGAAGAAAAUUGAGAACAGCAUCCUCGACGACACGGAGGAUAACGCUCCGUUGUUCUACUCGCCAGGGAAAAGAGGCUUCUACACGCCACGGCAAGGAAAGGCCAGCUACGAGCGUCUGAAUGCGUUCAGAAACGUGGGCAGACUUAUAGGAUUGUGUCUCCUACAAAACGAGCUGUGCCCUAUAUUUUUGAACCGCCACGUAAUCAAAUAUAUUUUGGGGAGGCCGAUACGUUUCCAUGACCUGGCGUUUUUCGAUUCUGUAAUUUACGAAAGCCUAAGACAGUUCGUCAUCGAUUCCGAGACCAAGGACAGCAACAGUUUGUUCUCCGCGCUGGAUCUGACGUUCAGCAUUGACCUGUGCCCCGAGGAAGGCGGGGGAUCGAUCGAACUAAUACCCAACGGCCGCGAUAUAGAAGUAACGGCCAGCAACGUUUACGAUUAUGUGAGAAAGUAUGCCGAAGUUCGUAUGAUCAAAGUACAAGAGAAAGCAUUACACGCGAUGAAGGAAGGGGUGUUCGAUGUUCUUCCGGAAGGAGCGUUCGACGGCUUAACGUCCGAAGAUCUAAGGCUUCUCUUGAACGGAGUCGGCGACAUUAACGUCUCCGUUCUUAUAUCGUAUACCUCGUUCAAUGACGAAUCAGGAGAAUCUGUGGAUAGAUUAGCCAAGUUCAAACGAUGGUUGUGGUCCACCGUCGAAAAAAUGUCGCACACGGAACGGCAGGAUUUGGUAUACUUUUGGACAGGAUCACCAGCAUUACCGGCAAGCGAAGACGGUUUCCAACCAAUGCCGAGCGUGACAUUACGGCCAGCAGAUGAUGCACAUCUACCAACUGCAAAUACAUGUAUUUCUCGACUAUACGUUCCAUUGUACAGCUCUCGCCACGUAUUAAGACAUAAACUAUUAAUUGCUAUCAAGGCAAAGAAUUUUGGAUUUGUAUAAAUAUAUAUGUGUAUAUAUAUAUAUAUAUAUACACACACACGCGCGCACGCGCACACACACAGAGACACACAGCAGACAGACACACGCAUACGUACGUACAUAGUACACACACAGAAAGCACACAUAUCGUGUGUGUAUAUAUCUAUAUACAUAUAUAUGUAUCUAUGUGUAUAUAUGUAUAUACGCAUAUAUACACGUAUAUAUAUAUAUAUUUAUAUAAAUAUAAUAUGACCAUGUUUGUGCGCAAUAGCUCUAAAAAGAAAUCACGCUAUUGAUAAUGAUAUGAGAAGAAGAACAUGUAUGUUGUUAAUUUUUUCCUUCCUAGAAAAAUUUAUAACAUUUAUAAAUUUGUAAGGUGUAAUUAUGAACUCUGAUUUCUCUGAUUGAAAAAACGGUUUUCAUCAUGAUAAGAUUUUAUGUUAACGUGUCAUCAUUAGUCUUUAUAGCGAUCGAAUAAAACUUUCUCAAAAAUCAUAAUAAAACGAGUUGUGAUUAACACAGUAACCCCGACACAAACCACGAAGCAACGUUUCAAAUU